CAACACUUUAUUAAGUGUAGGUGAUCUUUCUAUUACUCAGGCACACAUGAAGGAUGGGAUUUUACAACUUCAUCUGGUGGGCAUGUCCAUGUUCCGGAAAGCCUUUGGGAUGACAGAUUGUCAAAAAUGAACUCUACAAUAUUAUUAGUUUGGUACUUUGGUUUGCAGGGACCAUAUUGAAUGUAGUCUAAUAAGGAUUUGCCUAGUGUGCCUUUAUAAAUUUGUAGCUCUGUUAUCCGUUAACUUUAUGUUGAUAAAUAUGGGAACCAAAUCUCACUCAUUUUUCCGGUACAUAUUUGAACAGUUUGAAAUUGCUUUGCUAAUAAGAUCUGCUUCUAUGCCUAACAUAGCUAUAUUUCCAUAUCACGUAUGCUAGCGUCUAAGCAUUUAAAUGUUUUCUGCAUAUGUCAUUUUCCAUAUUUUCUAUAAUGUUAAUUGUGUCCUCACUUCUUUCUGCAUAAAUGUGGCAUGCACUAGAUUGAUAUUGGUGCUAUAUAUCGUGGGUUUUUUACAUGGCUUCUGUGUGGUUUGUAUUUAUAUGUUGCUCAACAUUUUUUUUCUUUACACCAGAUAAAACAGAGCUUCAAUGUGUUCCUGGCAGCUUUGAGUCUGUGGAAGAGUAUGUUAGUGUGUUUGAACCUUUGCUUUUUGAGGAAUGUAGAGCCCAGCUGUCAAGCACCUUGGAGGAGGCAACCGAAACAGGAUCACAUGCCAAAGUUUAUGUAAAAAAUGUUGAAAGACGAGAAAGAGGAUGGUAUGAUGUAAUACUUAUUCCAGAUGGUGAGCUCAAGUGGACAUUCAAAGAGGGAGACGUUGCAGUUUUAUCUACCCCUCGCCCCGGAUCAGCCAGCAGAUCUAGAAGAACAUUUGGUGAUGGUGAAGAGCCUGAGAUUAAUGGUCGUGCUGCUGGUACAGUCAGGCGGCACGUGCCGAUUGAUAGAAGGGAUCCACUUGGGGCAAUUCUUCAUUUUUAUGUUGGCGAUUCCUAUGACAACAGCAUGAUUGACGAUGAUCAUAUUCUGAGGAAACUACAACCAAGGGGUGUCUGGUUUCUGACUGUCUUGGGCUCUCUAGCCACCACCCAAAGAGAGUACAUUGCUUUGCAUGCAUUCCGUCGGCUUAAUUCACAGAUGCAAAGUGCUAUACUUCAACCAAGCCCUGAACAUUUUCCGAAAUAUGAGGAACAAACACCAGCUAUGCCUGACUGCUUCACACCAAAUUUCAUUGAGUAUUUGCACAAAACAUUUAAUGCACCCCAGUUAGCAGCAAUCCAUUGGGCUGGAACCCACACAGCCGCAGGAACAAAUGGGAUGGCAAGGAAGCAAGACCCCUGGCCUUUCACUCUCGUACAAGGCCCCCCUGGAACGGGCAAGACACACACAGUCUGGGGGAUGCUCAAUGUGAUCCAUCUUGUUCAGUAUCAACACUACUACACUGCACUGCUGAAGAAAUUGGCACCCGAGAGUUAUAAGCAGAACAAUGAGAAUAACUUGGAGAAUGUUGCCUCUGGUUCCAUUGAUGAAGUCCUCCUAAACAUGGAUCACAACCUGUUCCGCACGCUUCCUAAGCUUUGCCCAAAACCUAGGAUGCUUGUCUGUGCACCUUCAAAUGCUGCCACGGAUGAGCUGCUUGCCCGAGUCCUUGACCGUGGGUUUAUUGAUGGGGAGAUGAAAGUUUACCGCCCCGAUGUGGCCCGAGUUGGGGUGGAUACCCAGACCAGGGCAGCACAAGCAGUUUCUGUGGAACGAAGAACUGAAAUGCUUUUGUUAAAGAAUCGUGAUGAAGUUUUUGGAUGGAUGCACCAGUUAAAAAUCCGGGAAGCCCAAUUGUCUCAGCAGAUGGCAUGCCUUCAAAGAGAGCUCAAUGUUGCUGCUGCCGCUGGUAAGGCCCAAGGUUCUGUUGGUGUUGACCCCGACAUUCUAAUGGCUAGGGACCAAAACCGUGACACUCUACUUCAGAACUUGGCGGCGGUGGUGGAGAAUAGAGAUAAAGUGUUGGUUGAGAUGUCCCGUCUUUUGAUUCUUGAAGGCAGGUUUCGGGUGGGUAAUAAUUUCAACCUGGAGGAAGCUCGAGCCAGUCUAGAAGCCAGCUUUGCAAAUGAGGCAGAGAUUGUUUUCACGACGGUGUCAAGCAGUGGCCGGAAGCUUUUCUCUCGGCUCACUCAUGGGUUUGACAUGGUCGUGAUUGACGAGGCAGCUCAAGCCAGUGAAGUGGGAGUGCUGCCUCCUCUCUCGCUCGGCGCGGCACGGUGCGUGCUUGUUGGGGACCCACAGCAGCUUCCGGCGACUGUAAUCAGCAAAGCAGCUGGGACGUUGAUGUACAGUAGAAGCCUGUUUGAGAGGUUUCAACAAGCGGGCUGCCCGACGAUGUUGUUGUCUGUGCAGUACAGGAUGCACCCUCAAAUUAGGGAUUUCCCUUCCAAGUAUUUUUACCAAGGGCGGCUUGCCGACAGUGAGAGUGUUAUCAAUUUGGCCGAUGAGCCAUAUUACAAGGACCCUUUGCUGCGCCCUUACAUCUUUUAUGACAUCACACACGGGCGGGAGUCGCAUCGCGGUGGGUCCGUCUCGUACCAGAAUACUCACGAGGCACAGUUUUGUGUUAGGCUGUACGAGCAUCUGCAGAAGACUUGUAAAUCUCUAGGUGUUGCUGGGAAAGUGUCAGUUGGUAUUAUCACUCCGUACAAGCUUCAACUGAAAUGCCUUCAGAGAGAAUUUGCAGACAUUCUCAGUUCAGAAGAAGGAAAGGAUAUAUACAUUAACACUGUCGAUGCUUUCCAAGGACAAGAACGUGAUGUCAUCAUCAUGUCUUGUGUCCGUGCCUCAAACCACGGAGUGGGUUUUGUUGCCGAUAUACGCCGGAUGAAUGUGGCUCUAACCCGUGCCCGGAGAGCUCUAUGGGUGAUGGGAAACGCCAAUGCACUUACCCAAUCUGAAGACUGGGCUGCUCUUAUUGCCGAUGCUAAAGCAAGAAAAUGUUAUAUGGACAUGGAUUGCUUGCCGAAGGACUGGUUAGCUCCUCCUCUUCCUGGUAACAGAGGAGGGGCGAGAAGUGGACCCUACCAUCAUCCUAGGCUGUACGAGACGCAACUGGAAUCUAGCAGGUCAGGGACACCUUCCGAAGAGGAUGAGAAGCCGAACGCAAUGCGGAACGGGACCCACUACCCGCUGCACUAUAAGCCGCCGCCACAGUUAGAGAACAACUCCGUUGAUGAUUAUGAUAGUAAUAGGUUUGGAGAUAAAUCCAGGGAUUUUGCCUGGCAGCAUGGGGGCGGCGGCGGCAGAGGAGGCACACAUAAGAGGCUAAAUAAUGGGUCUGGUGGAGUUGGCAGAAGAAACUUCUAAUGGCAAGUUUCUCAGCUGCUUUCUUAAAUUUGGAUAUAACGGAACAACCAUCCCAUAUGAUCCUCCCGCUACCCCUUUUUCGCUCAAGAGAAUGAGGCAUUGGGGGGGGGGGGGGGGNAAGUGUUGGUUCCAUGCAUAUGGAGAUAGAUCUCUCCACGGGGGGCAUCACAUCGAUUGCUGGGCCAAGGUCGGCCGUGGAAGAUUUGCAAAACGAACUUUGUGAAGAGGAUUUGAGGUGAAAAUGAACGGUGAAUCGCGCCUCCUUUUGCUGGUCGGGAUGUUUUGCGCGUGAAAAGAAGAGGCUGUUUCUUCGCGCGAAUCGGGUCAUACAAUACUCCGUACUUGGUUUCUCCAUGGACUGGGAAGUGUUAUAGAUCUGUAUGUACAGGGAGGGGAUGAGAGGCUACAUACAUGUGUGUCAUACUGGAAAUGUGGUUGUGGACUGUACUUGAGAGAGAUGGUUUGCUGGGAGGGUCAUCUUUUCUACAGACUGUGUACAUAUUCAAGAAAAUAAAAAACUUGUUUAAUAAUAGGUUCUCGCCGAAUAAUAUUUUUAUUGUAAUUUAUCCCCUCAAUAGUCUUUUGGAAGCCAAAUUCCUAUUAACAUUGGUGUUUUGAAUGCUCACUUCGUGUUUUUUUCAUUUGAUUUUUCACCGUUUGUAAUGUUGUAUUUUGAUCAUUAAUAUCAAAAAGGUAAAAUGGAAAGAUCAUAUUUGGGAAAGAUCCUUUCAGAAUGAAGAGUCUUUUUUAUG